GCCGGCGUGUGGUGAAGCAGGUUUGAUUCAUGCAGUAAGUUUAAUGGUCGGAGAAAACUUCACCGUUGAAGGUAGAACAGAGCGAUAUUGCCAUUACUGCCUGUUAAUUCUGACCUCGGUAAACUUGAGAAAAUCGUGGCUCUUGGAACGAUAUUUUACUCGAUGUCCCAGCGCAACAGCGGUCUCCUAAUGCAGCGCAUGGAUAUUAUCUCCAGCAUGCUACUUCGGAAGUAGGUCACCGUUUUACCAUGUCUCUGUUGGGCGCUCGUUUUUUCUCUCAAUUAAACGUCGACUCUGGUCAUAAUUUAUAAAAGGUGUAAUCUGAAUUAAGAGUGGACUCAAAUCGACCUUCCAUCGGGACCGAAGGGUCUGUAUGAAGGGAUGUGAUGACCCAAGCAGAUACCGCCCCAGUGACUCCUGGGAGCAGGUAGGUCUGCCACAUGCGGAGGCCGUGGUGGGGGGAGCCCGGCCAAAACUAAAAAGAGGGAGGCCCAAGGAGGUCACGAGAGGCAGCACGAAGGAGAGCAAUGAUCUGAGGGAAGAGGAGGAGGACAGGAAGUUGGAUCUAUGCGAGGGGGACAGCCUCGACUGUCGCGUCCUUCUCACUCGUCUGGAGGCAAGCGGUGAUGAAGACGAGGAGCGCUGCUUGAAAGCGCCAAUAGAGCGCAAAGAAGAAGGGAGCCAUAAUCUGGUGCGUGGAAGGACCAAGCCCUGCAAGUUUAGACAAAAGACCUGCAAAGCCUAUCGGCUAGCGCCGGAACCAAGCAACCAAUCAAAAGUGUUAUGCACAUUACCUGUCGUGGAACCUCGCAAACGGAGGCUGGCCUCUCUCAACGCGGAGGCUGUGAAUAGUCUGCUCUUAUACAGAGAAGAUCCGCAAGGGUCCAGACUCGCAAAGAAGCUACAGUCCAAUGGGGAUCUGGCAAAGGAUGCAAUCAUUUUGGGACACAACACCCCAAGUGGUCCUAAAGUGGCAAAAUCAGACAUUUUUGAAACUGGAAGUUCCAAAAAAUACCAAAAGGCUAUGAAGAUGGAGGACUUGGGUCUGCUGAGUCUGUACGGUCCCACCCCUCGGCGUCAGGCCAGCCUCAACGCCGCUGCUUUGCUCAAGAUCACCAGCACCUCCUUCAGAGCCAAACACCGGGGGGCCAAGACCAACUGCAACCAACUGAGUGGAGUAGUGAGGAUCAAGCUAAAGAAACAGCAGCAUCAUAAACUCCAUCACGGGCAAUCCCAGGCCCAGUCACAGCUGGUUCAGAGAUGCUCUAAUCUCUGUAAAGGGGAGUACUUCCACCCGGAACCCCAGUGGGAGGGGACUACAGGGGGGAACGGCUCCAUCAGAUCUGACUUCCAGUGUGGAUCCUUGCUUGGCUACCCGAUGAAGUCUGUGAAGGAGCCGGUCGUGACCCAGGUGACUCCUUCUUUCUGCUCCCAGGAAAGGUCGGGGGAGUACUGCCACCGACUGGCCCUGUUCCUUGGCCAGAAGAGCUUUGGCGAUGAGGAACUUGAGGCGCAUUCGCUCUCCAAGGGCUACCUCCCCUCUCCCCGUUCCCUGGCCCACCCACAUGCCCUAACCAUAAGCCCUCACCCUUACCCAUGUUUCUCCGGCUACUGUGUCCACGUUGCCCACCACGAGACCUCCUCUACCCUCAUGACCACCAUGAGCUCCAGCCCCAUGCCCUACCCGCCCUCCCCUGUGGCCCCCAUCACGUUGUGCCCUGGUGGGGUCCAGAGUCCCAAGCUGCUGUCCCCGACCGGCUCACACCCCUCAGGAAUCGCCCACCUGGCCUACUGCUAUGGAGAGCCCUGCAGAAUCAGUCGCUACGCCUACAGAGCAGUACCAACCCACGCCAGCAGAUGGUGCUGUUAUAACGCAGGCUGCACCAGCUGCAGACAUAACAUCAAGAUGGAAGACGACUCCUCAUCUCUGGAGGACCACAGCCCCCCCCCUGUCCAAGUUUCCCCCGCACCCGGCUGCCUCGCCACCCCCAGCGCUCCCCAAGCUGGCCAAUCAGUGCCCCGCCUCCAGAACCCUCUAUCGGACCCCAGCCAACCAAGGGUCCUGCUGCAAGUGGCCCGGGAGUGUCCUCAGAGUGCCAAGCCACCCAGCGGCUCUCGGUCUGGGGUGCAUGGUGGCUCGCCGUCCUACUGCCCUCAUAUUCAAGACAAGCAGCAGCUGGGGCCCACCGCCAGCGGAGCUGCCAAGCAGCAGAGGAUCACCCGUCGCCGGGCAACCAAUGGCUGGCUGCCCGUGGGCGUGCCCUUCGAGAAGGAGGUUUUCACUGUGGGGGAAGAGACAACAGUGUUGCGCAAAUGUUUUGAAGGAGUACAGCGGGACGGGGAGGUCAUUCGGGUUCGAGACACAGUCCUUCUGCGCUCCGGCACCAGGAAGAAGUCUCUGCCCUACGUAGCCAAAAUCUCAGCCCUGUGGAAGCACCCCGAGUCAGGGGAGAUGAUGAUGAGUCUGUUUUGGUUCUACCGCCCAGAACACACACAGGGAGGACGCAAUCCCAGCACACACUGUGAGAAUGAAAUUUUUGCAUCUCGGCAUCAGGAUGAAAACAGUGUGGCCUGCAUUGAAGACAAGUGCUACGUGUUGACGUUAGCACAGUACUGUAGAUAUUGUGCCUUGGUGACGCGUCGGGGUGAUGGUCUCCCUGAAAGUGCCACCAGAGUGGUGCCGCCUUGUGUCGAAUCCACCGUCCCUGCCCACUGCUGUGUGCCCACGGACAUCGACCCCAACCUAGUGUUCAUGUGUCGCCACGUCUACGACUUCCGCUACGGGCGCAUCCUGAAGAAUCUGCAGUAGCACUUGUGAGGACGGUGGUGGAACGGAGGAAUCUUAAACAGUGAAAGAGGAUGCUGAAAAGACAGGAUUUUGAGACCGAUCAAGCCACUCUGUUUUGAAAGGGGCGGAAGAUGUUGACAGUUUUAGGCUGAGGAAGUCUGGAAGUGUUUUUGCCCGAUGUCUCACCCUGAGGGGUUUGCAAAGGGUCACACUUGGUCAAAGAGGAAAUGUGUUUUAUCAUCCCGAGCACAAAUCCCCUUUUUUAACAAAACUGAUUUGCCAAAUAAUGAUUUUAUUUUUCAUCUUCCCAUGACUUUGUCUGUAUCUAUGUGGGUUAGUAGCCAUGUUGUUGGCAGAUGGUAUCAGUUAAGACUUGUUCAGUAUUUAGUGGGAUGACUCAUAAAUUAGAUGGUGGCUUAACAUAUUUAUCUGUAAUGAUUUAGUCUUGAGUUUAAAGUUUUUAAUUGGCUUAAGUGCAGAGAAAUAUUUAUUUCUAUAUGGAGAAAAUUUUAAUUUAUUUUUUAAAGUAAUUUAAGAGUGAAUUAUUUAGUAUUUUCAAAGCAAGGAAGGUGACUACGAGAACAUUAUAAUUCCUAAGUAGAAAUGAUCCAGGCGUUCGCCAACACUAACUCACUGUCUGCGCUGUCUUAGAGGUAAAGUACCACUGAAUCCCAAACCAGCCUCUCGCCUAUACCUCACCCCUACCAACACAUGGUCCUCCGUUGUCACGUGUUGCUGACGAAACUCCCAGAGUGGCGAAGGGAUCAAUAAAACCCAUUAACUUUGGGACGCACUCGUGGCAAUUAAUGUAUGACAUUUUAAAUAAUACGAGCAUGAAAUUCUAAUUAACAAAUUCCCCUUGUCAUUUUACAAGAUAUAAACCUCUGUAAUAGUUAAACAUUUAAUUUGGGAGGUAUUUCAUUUUGUUACAUGUGUCAAGCCUCGAAAUCAGACAAACAAAUGCUCCAUUCUCUUGUAUGAAAUUGUGCAAACUCCAAACAUAUUGCGUUACAUGUUGGGAUAGCACUUCGCUCUGGACCUGGCAGCUUUGCUGGCUCGGUCGAAGUGGCUAUCGAAGGGGCGUGAAAGCGCAAAUUGAGGGGUGAGGGGAAAGGGACUGGUUUGGGAUUCAGCAUGAGAAUGACCAGUGACUCAACUGGAUGGACCAAAUAUCCCUGGGAUUUUCCGGGCCACCCCCACCCUGCCUUUUAAUUGACCAAUGAACGGGGGUUUGAACACAACAGCCACACUGCCAUUACCCAUAAUAACUUGCCUUACAUCCCGCGGGUUGACAUCUAGGAUGCAAGCUCCAAUACGUUCAGUUUACACCUCGCCAAAAGCCCCGCCUUCCGUCUAAACCAAGGUUGCCAGUGAGUGGAGCUACAGUUCAGCACAAGCCCCUCCCCAUGCUACUGUGAUCAUCAACUGUGUCCUUAAGCUGAAAACGCUACUGAUUCGUCAACACGGAAGUCACACUGUGGAUUUAUCUAAAUGUGUUUGAUUAGAUCAGAGGGAAUCAACGUUUGGUAUGACAGUUCCUGGAAAAGCUUGCUGUCUGAUCAACAUAUGCACACACACACACCUGCUUUGAAGAUGUAUCUCGAUGUAGAGGGCACCAGCCAUAGGAGAACCCUCUUACACGCUCUAUUUCUUUUUAAGUCCAAUCAAGAUGUGAUAGAUUAUUUCUUACAUUGCCUGUUGUGCCUGCCAGUCUCAGUGGACUCGGUGUCCCAAUAACUUUCCAUGAAAAGUAAGCCAAGAUUAUUGUUGUUUUUUAUGUCUUUUUGAAAAGCCUUUUUUUGUGUGUGAAAUUCUGUUAAUUGCUAAGAAAUGGAUGUACCAAAAAGGGUAUAGAAGGGGCGUAAAAUGUCACGUUCAACUCAUUCCCCGGUGUAGAAAACUCUCAAUUCCAAGUUUCUUUGUUCUUAUGUGCAUAUGUUCCAGUGUUUUAGAGGUUCUGGGAAUUCUGGGAAAGGAUAUUCACAGCAUAGUGUUUUGUAUUAUUUAACUUGGACCCAUGUAAUAUACAAAUAUUUGAAUGGAAUAAAUAAUGAGUUUGAACCCAA